AUGAUUACUUUACACAAGGGUAGGUUUGAGAUUCAAGUUACACGAUCUCUGUUCACCACGAUCCUUUACUUUAAAGUCACGCAAACAAAGUCCACCUGUAGACGCAGUCGCGACAAGCUGCGACAAGCUAGAGGGCCAAUUCGACACCCUGUCAGCCUAAUUCUGACUGUCGGAAUGUCCCGCCAGGCUAAUUCGUAUCCCUGCGAGUUCAAAACAAACUGGUCAGAGCUUGGCGGUAUAGACCCAUAUGCAUGCUGCAUCAGCGGCGGCAUCAGGGGGUGGUUCAUCGGUGCUAAGACUGGCAACAUCGAGAAUAUUAUCAACCACGUCAAAACACGCCAGCACAUGAUGGCGUGCAAGCAAGAGACACAGCGGCUCACCCAGCAGGGUGGCCUUGUCGCGCGGCCCAUGCCACCACCUGGAGUGCGAGACGUCAGCUGUGCCUGGCCACCUGACAUGCGCAUGCAUCUAUAUGGCAUGUCGGACGAGGCGGCAGAGGAGGAGUAUCAGCGCCUCUACAGCCAGUUUCAGCACAGGCGCACACGUCGGCGAGAGCAGCAGCCCAAUGCCGUAGACAGUGGGCGCCGCAUCUUACCGCGCACUUCACCCACUCCUGCACCUGGAGCGCGCACCGUUGGUCCCAACAUGGAUCCGGAGGCACAGCGCAUCGUCAGCCCCGACGUGGCGACAUGGAUAUCAGCGAUAGCGAGUCUGGUGAGGGAGUCCAUAUGGUUCGAAGCGGAGGGGGUGGGAAUGUGCGCCUGUUUCUCUCCAGUGAGAGUCCGGAGUGGUUCACCCCACUGAGUAUCAUAAAGCUGGUGCGCGAGGUGUUCACUCCUGGCAGGAUCGACCUGGACCCAUGCUUGUCCGCGGCUGCUAACACACG